UACGGUAAUACGCGGCUGCGCAUAUGGCAGCCUGGUAGACAGUGUUGUGUUCUGAGUGGAUACAUGUAGUUUUACAUAGACUGUACAGAAUAAAGCUUAAGAAAUGACACAGAUAUAACCGUCUUAAGCCUUAAGAUGGCCGUUCCCCGCUCUGCGCUAGUACUGUCCCGGGCCCUGGCCUUGCAGAGAGCCGCCUCUUCUGCCCGUAGCCUGUCCGGGUCAGUCAGAAACAGCCCCGCGCUUCUAUACAGAACACACGGAGAGCCUGUACAGGUCGUUAAGUUGGAGACUCUGGAGCUCCCUGCACUGGGAGCGGAAAGUGUUCUGGUGAAAAUGCUCGCAGCUCCCAUCAACCCCUCGGAUAUAAACAUGAUUCAAGGCACCUAUGCAAUUCUUCCUGACCUUCCAGCUGUGGGUGGCAAUGAAGGAGUGGGCCAGGUUGUAGAAGUGGGCAGCAAUGUAAAAACAGUAAAAGUGGGGGACUGGGUGAUUCCUAAGGAUGCUGGUCUAGGCACAUGGCGGACAGAGGCAGUUUUGAAUGCUGUUGAUUUGGUGACGCUGCCCUGUGAUAUCUCUGUCCUUUCAGCAGCCACUUUGGGAGUCAACCCUUGCACUGCAUUGCGAAUGCUCUCUGACUUUGAGCAUCUAAAACCAGGAGACACUGUAAUUCAAAAUGCAGCUAACAGUGGAGUUGGAACGGCUGUAAUACAGAUAGCUGCAGCAAAGGGUCUUCAUACAAUUAAUGUUGUCCGAGACAGGCCAGAUCUAGUACAGCUGACUGACAGACUUAAAGCGAUGGGGGCCACUCAUGUGAUUAAGGAGGAGACCCUUAGAAGACCAGAAAUGAAGGAACUUUUUAAGCUUUGUCCCCGACCCAAGCUGGCUCUGAAUGGAGUUGGAGGAAAAAGUGCCACAGAGCUGCUGCGUCAUUUACAGAGUGAAGGCACAAUGGUAACAUAUGGAGGGAUGGCCAAGCAGCCAGUUACAGUGCCUGUGAGUGCGCUCAUCUUUAAGGAUGUGAAAGUACGAGGCUUUUGGGUCACUCAGUGGAAAAGGGACCACAAGCACAAUGAAGAAGCUUUGCGCAGCAUGCUGGAUGAGCUUUGCAGCUUAAUUCGCACUGGAAAAUUAUCUCCCCCAUCCUGCACUGAAGUGAGCAUAGAGGAUUUUCACAAAGCUCUGGACAAUGCAAUGAAACCAUACAUUUCUACCAAACAGGUUUUGGUAAUGUGAUUCCGCUUAAAGUUGUGUUUAAAAGAAUAUAUUAUGAUCUGUCACAACACUAUCACUUCUGUAUUCUUCAGGAAGUGUACAACUAAAAUGUUUCUGACAUCAAAGUCCAGUAAGUGUUAUCAGUUUUACUAAUAAGUCAAUGAAUAAGUUGCUCUUUGAACUUUCAGGGACUUCAUUUACCAGCAGUGUGCAUUGUCAAGUUAAUAAACUGGGCAGAGACAGAAAUACAAGUUGACUUAUUUUUUAUGGUAGCUAUCCAUAGAUAAACAUUUAUGUACUGUCCAUAAAGUUUAUUGUAAUUUUCAGUCAGUAUGUCUUGGCUAUUUAGUGUAUUGCAAUAAUAAAGGCAGUCAUGAUAAAAGAUUCCAUCAUAAAA